AACACAGAGCCUGUGAGAGCGCUGGCCGAGUACAGUGGUGGUCCGUGUAGCCGACUUCGUACGUUAUUAUUUCACUCUGUGGCUGUGAUAUUAAGUGUGCCCGUGACUUGGUCUAUCGUAAACCCUUUUGUUGUCCGAAAUGUCUGAUUUUGACUUGAUGUCGGGGUUCGAUAAGGACAAUGGUUCCCUGGGGAACAGCGCUGCCGCUCCCCACACGACUUCGUCGUCGACGACGACAACAACACAGCCCCCUCCUCCUCCUCCUCCUUCGUCGUCGGAAGGAUCGAAUCGCGAUUCCCUCAACCUGGACGACUUCGAAAAGGUAGAGGCCGAUCAGCUGUUGGGAGGGGGCCCUCCUCCUCCGCCCACGUCCCUUUCGUCUGGGAUCGGCAGCCUUGCCCAGAACACCCAGGCCGCCGCCGUUGGGUUGGUAGAUGACAUAAUGGCCCAUGUCAAGAAUUCGGGAGACGAUCUGUUUUCCAACCUCACAUCUGCAGGAUUUACUACUUCCAACGCCGAGGCGAAAGGGAAGGAGAGUUCCCCUAUGGCGUCAGAUCCUUUCAAGAUGGAUUUCGCCCCGAAGGACACUACUACCAAAGAGGUGUCCUCUGUCCCGUCCGAUAACAUGAUGUUCUCCGGUGAUUUCAUGUCCUCCUCUUCGUCAGACGACGCUAAGUUCAGCGGUCUAGAUGUAGGAUUCUCCUCCAUCCCGGCCUCGGAAUCCUUCACGUCCAACCUCCUGGCGUCGGCCCCCCCGCCCCCUUCCACCAAUCUCUUCGACGACUCUCCAAAGGCCGACGAAAAGCCUUCCAUGGGCUUCGGUGGGUUCGACGACUUUCUGUCCAGGGAUGACGACCUGCUGAAGGGCAAGCAAGACUUCUCCCUCCCCGACGUGAAGGAAUCCGUGAAGGGAGCCGCCGAGUCCCUGAUGGACGCCUUCCCGUCCUUCGGCAGUCAACCACCUGUGGUGGAGGAGCCCUUGAAGAGAGAUCCUUCGCCCGAUUUCAGGAAUCCUACCCCUCCCAGAACCCCCACAGCAGCACCGGUGCAGGAUGUCUUGGCCUCUCCAAAACAGCCUACCCCUCCAAGGACGCCCACGCCGCCCUUGAGAGAACCCACUCCACCUCUGGUUAAAGAACCCACCAUCCCAAAGCAGCCCACCCCUCCAAGGACGCCCACUCCACCCCCGAGGGAACCAACACCUCCCCCAAGGAAACCUUCACCCCCACCAAAGGCCCCAACACCUCCAAGGGAACCAACACCUCCCCCAAGGGAACCUUCACCCCCACCAAAAGCCCCAACACCUCCAAGGGAACCAACUCCUCCUCCAAGGGAACCAACACCACCUCCAAGAGUGCCCACACCACCCAAGAAGGAACCUACGCCCCCUCCGAAGGAGCCCACUCCACCACCUCGCACUCCAACGCCCCCGGCAAAGUUGGUGUUUUCGGCCCCUGUGCAAGAAGCCACCGUCUCCCCCAGCAGGAGGAGCUACACAGUCUCGAAGGGCACCGAGAACGCCUUCAACGUCUUCAAGCCAAGGGCCUGGUUCAACCCAGAUCAGCUGGACCCUAGAGUGGUUGACCUCAUCUAUUGGCGCGAUGUGAAGAAGACAGGUGUCGUCUUCGGAAGUGUGAUGGUCAUCCUCCUGUCUUUGGCCUACCUGUCCCUCAUCUCCGUGGUGGCCUACACUUCCUUGGCUCUCCUCUCUGGAACCAUCACUUUCCGUGUCUACAAGAACAUCAUGCAGGCAAUUCAGAAAUCACAGGAUGGACACCCCUUCAAAACUAUCCUGGAAAUGGACACAGAUCUUCCAUCAGAGAAAGUUCACGAAGCAACUGAUGUCAUUGUGUCACAGAUUAACUCCACAGUUUCUGAACUGAAACGACUAUUCCUUGUUGAAGACCUUGUGGACUCUGUCAAAUUUGGUUGCCUUCUGUGGUGUCUGACAUACUUGGGCUCAUGGUUCAAUGGACUGACACUUGUCAUCCUGGCGGUGGUGGCAUUAUUCUCUCUCCCCAAGGUCUACGAGCAAAACCAGACACAAAUUGACCAGUAUGUUGGUCUCGUCCGUUCCCAAGUCAAUGAUGUCAUGUCCAAGGUGAAAGCUGCUCUCCCAAUUGGUAACAAAGAGAAGACGCAGUAGAUUUUCCUAAGUGUGAUAUCUUAGUGCAUAUGUUUUUGUGCGCUGCAUCGAACCACUGGCGUUUGGCAUCACUUGCAAACUUUGACAUCUGUUUAUUUGUCUUCUUGUGCAAAAGAGCAAUACCAGUGGGGAGCCAAUUUAGUGUUGUGGCUGAGCAUUCGCUGCUCCCUUUCUUCACAGUUUAUUGCUCGCUGGAAAUUUCAUUAGUGCUGCUCACCAGUGUUUUAUUGUUACAUUGACUUUGUAAUCAUGCUAAAGCUUAGGUUAUGAUUCACAAAUACCUUUUGUUUCAACCAACAUAGUACGGAGACCAAUCAAACCCAGCAGCCCAACAUUCUUGUGCAGUAGAGGGAGCAGAGACAAUAUCCUGAGUGAAUGUAUAAAUGAGGCACAGUUUGAUAGAGCGAGAAAAAAAAAUAGGCACUUCCAGCUGAUAAUAUAUUUGUAUAGUGCUAGUGAUAAUGCUCAGCUCAGAUGCUAUUGUGCCUCUGGUCACCCUAAUAAUGGAGCUCACCUUUGCUUGCUUGUCUUAGUGGAUGAGUUUUCUUCAAGCCCACUGUCAUGGUGGGUUGAAUAGAUAUCUGUUAAUAGUAAUGUCCAAAGGAUGUUAUUAGAAGACAUUCAAUCAAGGGUGAGAGACAUUGUAUGUGAGAUACACAGCUCCAUUGUAUAGUCAUUACUACAUGUAGGAUAUCUUUCCUUUAUUUUUGACAGUAGCACUGUGAAAGGAGUAUCAAUGCAAAUGUUUUCAGAAUAGUUUGUUUUUGAAUGCUUUAAAAAAUGGCUGUCUUAUAUGGUUACUGUAGACUUUUGCCAAUUUGUGUAAGAGAUCUGUCGUCAGAUGUCACUUCUAAGAUCUGUCUGUAUAAGUUACGACCUUUAAAGCUUUUUUAAUUUUUCUAUAGGAAACUGACUUCUACAAUGUACCCAGUGGCAUAUACUUUUUAUAAAUGAUAUGCAAAUAGGGUUUUGAUUUUUAUAAAAUAUAUAUGAAUAUAUAUAUAAUUAUAAUCACCUUAAGUAACUCUGUAUGGGAAACCUGGUUCCAUUUUGAUGGGUGUUCUCUUGUGUAUGUGAAGUGGGAUUUUUUUUUCUUUCCCUCUAACUAUCAUAGUGCUGUUGCUUACCACAAAAUGUAUAACAAGCUUCUGUGUACAACCUCAUUAAAUGUCAUCUUCAAGUUGCAAGAGGGAUUCCAGGCCAAUAAAAAUAAAUGACUUAACUAUGAGUGUUUUCUGUACUCGGUUUGGUUUUGGGAUCCACGAGUGAAGAACAACUUCUUUCACCCAGUUUCAAUUUUAAGUUAAUGUAAAAGGUAUUGUAGGAUGAGGCCUUUUCAUUAUUUAUAUUUGGGUAAUGGGUAGGAAAGCAAAUGUAAAAAUUUAAGUUGAAAGGUUUUCUAAAUAUCUGUAGGUGUUCUUUCAUAUUGCAUCUAUUACUGUCACAAACAACAGUAAAAUUUGCUGUAUUACCAAAUAAAACAUCCAUGAUAAA